AUGACACUUGGCAUUGAUGAAAUUGCUAGGUUGGCAGCAGAAGAAGCGAAGAAAGAGCAAAAUCAAAUGAAUGAUGGCUUCAGUGUUGGAAUCGGACGAAGAGUGCCGCUUAAUUCAACAUCCAAAGAAAAAGGUCCAACAUCGUUGUUCAUAUUCAGCGAGGAUAAUAUCAUUCGACGAAAUGCAAAAGCAAUCAUUGAUUGGGGACCAUUUGAAUAUUUCAUUCUUCUUACAAUUAUUGGAAAUUGUGUGGUACUUGCUCUCGAACAACAUCUACCAAAAAAUGAUAAAAUGCCGCUUGCUGAAAUGUUGGUUAGUAACUUCUUCUUCUUCUUCUAUUGCUAA